GUGCCAACAGAAGCAGUAGCAUUCCUGGGAGCUGUGGGAUUUUUCCUGGUUGUUCUUAUUUUAUUUUUCUGUUAUAUGAAUAAAACAUUAUGCUUUAAAAAUUGUGGUGGAUUCCCCUGCAUAGACAGACCUACAAAACAUAAAAAGGCCAAUUCUUUAGGUGAGUCCAUUUCUUAUAGUUUCACUACAAUGCACAAAUUUCUAAUAGAAAGAUAUCAUCAAUUUGCACCAUACGAAAUUUCAGUCAGAAGAAAAACUGCUGCUUCUCUUGCAGAAGAAGGUCAGUGUCUGUCAGAUGACCUUGAGAAAGAUAAACUAGAGGUCAGUGAUGGAGAAGGUGUUGAAGCAGAUGAAGAAGAUAAUCUAGCUGAAGGUGGAGUUGAAGAUGCUCACCAAUCUCCUACAGUAGAGGAAACAGCAGCUCUAGUACCAGCUGAUAAAGCUGGUGCCACAGCUGUCAGUAAACCAGUAUUUGAAAACAGAGGUUACGAGGGAGAAAGAACACCCAGUCAAUCUUUUACAUCCAGUAACCCUUCACUGUCCACAGAACGUCUCUCUAAUGAUGAGCAUCUGUUUGAUGUCAGUGAUCUACAAAAUGAACCACCAUUGAUAUCAAAAUGUGGUAAUUUAGAAGUUACAUUCCGUUAUGAAGCCAAACGAGGAAAGAUUCACAUUAAAAUCCUGCAAGCUCUAGAAAUUCCUGCAAAAGAUCGUGGUGGUGCAAGUCAUGUACAAGUUAGAGCUAUGUUGUUACCCACUAAACGUCAAAAACACAAAACAAAAGUGAAAACAGGAGAUAACCCUGUGUUUAAUGAAGAUAUUGUGUUUAAUAAAAUUUUCCCAGACAAUGUACAGAGUAUGGGAGUACGAUUCCGUCUGUACGGAGUUGAGAGAAUGAGACGAGAACGAAUGAUUGGAGAAAGUAUCGUGGGAUUUGCUUCAUUAAAUUUAGAUGAAGAACAAACACAUACUGUUGUUUUAGAACCAAGGAGUAAUUUAAGUGGUGAUUCAGGGUUUGAUGUUGCUAGUUUAUCGAAAAGUGACAGCGCCUCUUCUACACAGUCGUUACAACAUGGCGGAAUGCCAGAGUUGUUAUUAGGUCUGGGAUAUAAUGGAACCACUGGAAGAUUGGCAGUAGAAGUGAUCAAGGGCAGUAACUUUAGAAAUAUGGCUAUGAAUAGAGCACCAGAUACGUAUGUGAAAUUAACUUUAAUGUCACCAAGUGGUCAGGAAUUACAAAGAUGUAAAACAUCAGUAAGACGAGGACAACCAAAUCCGUUAUUCAAAGAAACGUUUAUGUUUCAAGUUGCCCAGUUUCAACUACCAGAAGUCACCUUGAUGGUGUCAGUUUAUAAUAAAAAGAAUAUGAAAAAGAAAGAAAUGAUAGGCUGGUUUUCUCUAGGUAUGAACAGUAGUGGUGAAGAGGAACAAGGACAUUGGAGUGAUAUGAGAGAAAGUAAAGGCGGAGAUCAAGUGUGUCGCUGGCAUGUCCUUCUCGAAUCUUAAAAAACCUCAAUACACUAAAAUUAUUCACAAGAUGUCUGAAUAUCAUUAGAGUCACACAGUGCAAGUAGAAAUAGAAAACACAUAACACUUUCAAAAAUAUCUGGGAACUACUCACAAAAGUCACAUCAUGUGUAUUGUUUUGUAGAAUAGUAGGAAAUAAUCACAAAGAUUUCAACAGUGAUUAAGUUAUUGUAUGAUUAUGGACUAUAGGAAAAGUCUAAUUGUGAAUUUUUCCUAACAAAUUUGACUUUAUGUAUUUAAAGGUUUGAUAGUGCUAAACUUUUAUCUGUGUCAUUUAGAAUAGACUGUAUGAAAAAUUAAGGAAUAUAAUUUUGAUAUAUGUAAUAAACACAAAGGUUCUCUACUAUAGUUUAGAGAAAAUUAUAUGAGUUGAAGAAAUUGAGAUAUGUACUCCCUAUUAUAACAGUGCAAUAUUUUAUAUUUCAUGUGAAUAUAGUAACUGCACUGAAAAAUAAGAAUAAUGUUAUUGAUA